CCGGGUCGGUCUAUUUUUUCGGAUUUCAGCACUAGUGCUGUGAUUCUCUUUGAUCCAAUACGGUUCUUGAUUCUACGUUCUUUCUUAUCGGUCCAGUUCGGUUUUUUUCUCUUUCGAAGCUUGAUCGUCUCAAAAAAAUUUCUCCUCUAAUGGCGACCGGUUCGAAUAGAGGCGGUGACUUCUACAGAUCCAGAGAAGGGCUUAGCACGAGAGCGGUGGCUGGUUCUGAUGAAAUCCAAUUGCGGAUUGAUCCGAUGCAUGGGGACUUGGACGAUGAGAUUACAGGUCUCCAUAAACAAGUUAGACAACUAAGAAAUGUAGCUCAAGAGAUAGAGUCAGAAGCAAAGUUUCAGAAUGAUUUUAUCAAUCAGCUGCAAAUGACAUUGAUCAAGGCUCAGGCAGGGGUGAAGAACAACAUGAGAAAAUUAAACAAGAGUAUCAUCCAGCAGGGAUCGAGCCAUGUCAUCCAUGUGGUUCUUUUUGCUCUACUUAUUUUUUUUGUCGUCUACUUUUGGUCCAAACUUUCAAGACGAUGAGGACCUGCAAUUUGCUGCGCUCUUGCCACAUGAAGAAUUUGUUGAAGGAAGGCCCAAAGGGUUUGUGCCACUUCUGAGAAUACCUCAUGUCAAUUCCCUUGUAAAGCAUUUCAUGGUACUAUCGGUUGUAACUGGCAUAUUUGAAAUGCAUGGUUCUAGUCAUUUGCAUAUGGAACCUACAACAUUAAUUCUUGUGUAGAAAAGAAUGCUUGUAACUGAAAUAUGAUAGACUCUACUUUGUAAGUAAUGAGUUCUAUGAAGUAUUUUUUCAUACA